CAUUUACAGGGUGAUGAGGAAGUCUUACAAAACCUACAGAUGCAAAUAGAGUCAGUUGUUCAGGAGAAGGAAGCAGCAGUUGAGAGAUGGCAUGAGGCUGAACAAGAGAUAGAUAGAUUACAACACCAGCUGCAGGAAGAGAAAAACAGUCAUCAGUGGGGUGUUAUAGAACAACAGGCACAGCAGAUGCAGUCAGAGUACUUUGAGACAGUGAACCUUUUAAAUAGGGAACUUGAACAAGUACAGACUGAAUUAAGACAAACAAGACAAGAAUUAGAAACUUCCAGUCUUCAGGUGAAGGAUUUGAGAAGAACAAACAAAGAAUUAGAGCAGCAACUCAGUUGGAAGGACCAAGAAGUUGCGGAGGUUAUAUUUAAAGAAGGCAUCACAGAUAGCAAAGUGAAUGAACUCAAACGUAUCAUGGAUGAUAGGAAAAGAAGAAUUUCAGGUUUAGAGUCUGAAGUCGAAGAGUUUAGGAGAGAAAAACAGGCACUGGAAGUGAGAAUAACAGAAAUGCAGAAAAGAAGUUCAGAUGUUGGAAACAGAGAGAUGGAGGCUGUAGAUCAGAUGAGAGAAGCUGUACAGAUGGUUGAAACUGCAGCACUAGAAAAAGAACAGGCUGAAGUAUCUCUCCAGCAGAAAGAUGAAGAGUUAGAACAGCUGAGAGAAGUUAUAAAUAAGCUUAUUAAUGAAGCAGGUGCUAGAACAAGGCAAGAGGUUGAUCAAGUACGUGCUCAGUGUAAUGACAGGAUACAGAAGUUAACGGAGGAGGUGCAUGCCUUAGAGAUGGACAAUUCAGAAAAACAAGACAGUCUGGAGAAAGCCAUUAGAGAGAAAAGAGCUGCAGAAUCAGAACUUGAAAAAGUAUAUAAAGAAGGAGUAAACCAGAUGAACAAGGAUCAAGGAAGUUUUGAGAACAUGAACAAGCGUGCUAUAAAUGCUGAGAGGUCCAGAGAUGAUGCUAAUCUGUUAGUGGAAACUUUACAACAUAAACUGAAGAGAGAGGAAAUGAAUGCUCAGCAAUUGAAAGACCAACUAGAAGGUCAGCUGAACAACUACAGAGAGAGAAUGUCAAGUUUGCAGCAAGAGUUUGAGAACGUCAAUGAUGACCGUGUAAGAUUGUUGGAUGAAAUUGAUGAUAUGAAGAAAAAACUACAAUCAGCUCAACAGGAGAAAGAAGCUGCUCAAAGAAAGUACCAGAAAGAGAUUACAAUUUAUGAACAAGAGAAUAACAUGAAGCUUCGGGAAUUUGAAGUUAAAUUACAGUCUACCGAAGACGUCAAUAGACACUCUAUGUCAGAGCUUCGUAAACUGUUGAAUGGUCAACAAAGAAUGUGUGCGAGAUGGAAGGAAGAAUGUACAAGUAUAGCACAGAAGUAUGAAGCCAAAGUAACAGAUCUUAGGUCAGAGAUUACACAACUGAAGAAGAGGAAUCAUGAAGUCACAAAAUUACUCAAAGAUAGUCAAGAAAAAACUUUACAGGCUGAGAAGAUGAUACAGGACUAUACAAGAGGUAUACAGAGAAUGGAGCAGAGGAUGAGAGAUUCUGAAAGUAGGGCAGCUGAUGCCUCUAAACAGUUAUCAAGACAUAUUCUCAGGGGGAAACAGAUGGAGAGUGAAAGAAGGAGUUUAUCUCAAGAAUUAAAACGCAGUCAGAUGGAGGCAUCAACUAAAUCUGUUAGAAGUCACCCAGAUGAUUUACAUAUCGCAGAUUUAGUGGCAAGUCACGGUUCGAUGAAUGGAUCAGUCAGGAGGAAAGGAGAGCUAGACCAAUUCAUUGAGGAUAGAUGAUAGCAUGCUUAUUAUAGAUUUUUUAUAAGACACCUUAUCAUAACUCAUGCCAGUUUUCCUUUUUUUUGUCAUUUAUUUUGUUAUUUCAUUGUUUUAUUGUGUAUGCAAUGAAAGAAUGACAGUUACAUGCGCAAUAUGCCAAUAACUGAGUAACUGUUUGCAUAAAAAUGUAGAUGGUAUGAAAACAUUUGCAUUUGUUUCUUAGUAUGGAGCAAUAGUAAUCACAAAGCCCGUCCAGUAAACUCGUUAGCGGAAAAAAUUUUGUUCUCCAUGAUGGAUGGAUUGAGAAAGCAAAAUGUCAAAGGUCAGUUGUUCUCCAACUCUGAUUUAAUUUGGGAAUAUGGUAUCAGUUACUUGCCAAGGACUGCUCUAUACUGGUAAUUCAGGAACACUUGUAAGCAAUACCAGAGUGUGUAACUAAACAAUUUUUGAAAAGGAAAAGCAAAACAAAGUUGAUGCAGCUGCAGACUUGACAAGUUAAGUAAUUCAUAGGAAAAUUGUGAAUUCGUGAUACCUUUUAUUUUUGUGUACAUUUUCAGCUGUUGCAUAGACUGUUAGAAUAUCAGCCACAUUGUGAACAAUUAUAUUUUUAGUAAUUUCCAUAAUCUGGACAUUUGAUAGAUGUCAUUUCCCUGUAAACAUAUUUCCAAUUCCUUAGCAUUUAUUCAAAUUCAAUAAUAGGGUUGUUAACGGGCAAAUAUUUGAUGGAACUAAAGAGUAUCUGAAACUCCGUCCAGAACAUUGCUUUAAUUUUUAUCAGUCUAUUUUCCAUGGACUGACUAGGUACCCUAAGAAGUUUUUUUUAUAUGUAGAUCUGUUUAUUUUUUCCCACGUGACUGUGAUAUAUAACCCAUUUAUAAAACUUUUUCUAUUUUGUUUCAUUUGAUAUCAGUCGAACUGUUUCCAGUGUGUUUUGUGUCCACUGUUUGCACGACUUGCCAUUCAGAAAUGUAACAUUUUAACUUUAUAAGACAUGUACUGUACUUCAUUUAUACCACAGGGAUUGUCAGUUUUUAAUAUAAUAUUGU